CUCUCUCUCUCUCUCUCUCUCUCUCUCUCUCUCUCUCUCUCUCUCUCUCUCUCUCUCUCUCUCUCUCUCUCUCUCUCUCCCUCUCCCCCUCUCUCUCUCUCCCUCUCCCUCUCCCUCUCUCUCUCUCUCUCUCUCUGUCUUAUUUUAUACUUUAGGAAGAAAAAAAUCUCUGCCAAGGCAAGUCUGAACGAUAGCCCCGCCCACUAAAAGUCCUCGUCAUUUUGCACCUGCCUCACGUCUUUAGGCACUGUGUGCGCAAUCCUCCAACAGCUAGCCUCCCUUACCUGCAGAGCAGUGGUCUUGUGUCUCUCAUAGAAAGAGGGGUUGGAUACAUUGGUAGCUCUCUGUAAAAGGUUCUGACUUGCUACUGUAUUUGAUUUUCACAGUUUUCCAACCUUUCGUGAGCGGUGGGAACUACCAGAAUUGAGCAACAUUACCUUAACUCAACUGAUGAAGACAUCAAGCGGUAGGGUCAUAUUUUGGAACGAAUGUGUUCUCAUAACGUAUAUGCCACGAGAGCUCAUUUACUCAAGGUAUACAUGUCAAGGGACAAAACGGACUUAUCCGUUUCAGUUCAACAGAGCAUUUGCUUAGUAACGGACGCGAACGUAAACAUGCAAUAGGCAACAGAGUAGCAAUCUGGUAACUGUCGACGCGAGAGCGCUCACUCAGGAUCUCUCUGUUGAACUUUACCCACUCUGACGACCGGGAGGACUCUGCUGCGAUGGCUGCUCUGGGUGAAGUUGGAAGCUUCUUGCACGGCAUUGAUGGUGUAGGACACGUCGGGUCCCAUUUUCUCCUGACGUCUCUUGGAGAGAGUCCAGCGGUACUGCUGGGUCAGGGUGAACACCUCGUACCUGGUGCCGGGGAAAGCCUGUCCCGGAGCGCAACGGCAGAUUUAACACUUUUAAAAGGGAUUCUCCGGAGAAGGCAGUUAUACUGUAGAACUGGAUUUCAUCUGGAAAUUCUUCCUGAUGGCACUGUGCAAGGGACAAGAAAGGACCACAGUAGAUUCGGUAUUUUGGAAUUCAUAAGCAUUGCUGUUGGAUUGAUAAGCAUUCGAGGAGUGGACAGUGCUCUCUACCUGGGGAUGAAUGACAAGGGAGAGCUCUAUGGUUCUGAGAAGCUGAGCGCUGAGUGUGUCUUCAGGGAGCAGUUUGAGGAGAACUGGUACAACACAUACUCCUCCAACCUCUACAAGCACGGAGACAAAGGGACUCGCUACUUUGUGGCGUUAAACAAGGACGGCACGGCUCGGGAUGGAACAAAGUCCAGGCGACACCAAAAGUUCACCCACUUCCUGCCCAGGCCCGUGGACCCUGACCGGGUACCGGAGCUGUACAAGGAGAUUCUGGGCCACAGCUGAGACUGGCCUGUACCCACCGUCCCAGAUCAGAUCAGGAAUAGCUGUGUAUUGAGCUCUAGUCCCUCCUGCUGUGGGAAGCAAGGAUGUGUGCAGGCCAGGCAGUGUGACUGGCGGUGUUAAGACAGUGGAGCCAACCAGUCCUACAGCAGCGCCGGCCCAAGCCCCAGUCCCAGCUCUACAGCGGCCCCAACUCCAGCCAGCCAGCAGGGAAGGCCUACACUGGGGAUAAAGGUACUAGCCAGGGGCCUCCCCUCAGAAUGCACGGGCCAGCUCUCAGCGGUGACAAAGACAGUCUAGAAUGUCUGACGUUGUCAACAUGCACACCAAGGCAUGAGGAGGCUGUUUGUUCCAGGGGCCAACUGACCCCCGAGAGUAGCUGUCGUGUGGAAUAGGAGAGGAACAGGAUCAGAGGAAGCGAUGCUGAUGCAGGAGGGAGGGAGGGUCACUCUUCUGUUUGAGGGCCAAUACAUUUCAGGAAGUGUCUUUGGACUGAGGAUCUAGUUGGAAUCAUAGAGAUAGAACAUAGAGAUAGAACAUAGUGAUAGAACUGUUCUAUUAUCUAUUGUUAGAAUGGCAAAAUCUAUGGGAUUCUAUACAAUUAAAGUAACUAUUUUUUUAUUUGGGGGGGCUCUGUUCAUUCAAGAAGGAUUUUGAAGGAAUUCAUCUGUUUUUCUUCUCGUUUUACAUGUGACUAGAUCAUGCUGAAAGGAGCAGAAAGAUAUUUGCCACAGAUAUCAUUUCAAAAUGUAUUAUUUAUUCAUUUCUAGAUACAUAUAUUUAUGUUAUAUAUUUAUUUAUUUCAGAAUAUAUAUUUGCAGUUAAAUAUACAGUACUGUAUAGAGAAACCACUAGAAAUUGUAUCUAUAUAGAAAUCAUAUUUCUUUUAAUCUGAGGAUAUCAGUUUUCUCACUUAGCUUGGGCCACAUUGUGAGAUUGUCUUAAAAUAAUGUGGGGGGAAAACUGUCAUUUGCUGAUUUUUUCCCAAAAAGCCCUCUGCUGUACGCAUCACAUUUAAAGUCUGUGGCAGUGUAUCCUUAUUAAAGUCAGUGAACUAGAUUUGUCUUUUUGAUAUCUGUUUGGAACAUUUAAUGAUGUAUUGUAAAUGUUUUAACAUUUGGGUUUAGAAACUAAGAGGACCACACUGUUUAUUACCUCUAUGGUUUUCUUGAUGAACCAACUGACAAAAAAAUUAUAAAAAAUAAACAAGUUUAACUCAGUUUUAAAAGUU